UGUAUGCAUGUGUACCACAGAAGUUGGCAUCAGAUCCUCUGAAACUAGAGUUACAGAUGAUUAUGAGCCACAUGGCAAACCUAGGUUCUCAGCAAUAGUAACAAGUGCUCUAAACCACUGAGCCACCUCUCCAAGACCCCUUGUGAUAUUUUAUGUAGCUUUUUUAGGUGUCUCUUAGAAGGGUUCCAGAUUUGCACAAUCUGACGUGUCUGUGGAAGCAGAAAUGUUUCCACAUGUGAAGGGCAAAACCCUGUUAUUCUGAGACCCUUGAACUACUGCAACAAUGACUUCAACUCCUAAUGAAACAGAAGUGUGGGCUGCUUCCAAACAACAGUUUCCUCCACGAUUCUCUAUGCCAACACCAUCUGGGCCCAUUCUUGGGGAGGGGUUGGAAUGUGAAGGAAGCACUGGACUUGCUCACUCUCUCCUAAAGGCAAGCUGGGACCAGAGGGUAAAGUGAACAUAGGAACAGAGCUGCCCACAUCACAUCAGCUUGGAAGCGGCUCUCCAUCCCUGAAGGUGUUGGAAUGAACAACAGGUAUUAAGACUAAUGAGGAUGUAAAUGGGCAGAAAAUAGCAACUGAAGUCUAUGUGGGCUGUUUCUGGAUCCCACCUGCUCAAAUUCUAUACAUCUGUUUGAAUCACUGAAACAUGGAUUGUAAUUAAGAAAUCGUGUUCUAAUAGGUUUACCCCUUUAAUACUUAACCAUCUUGGAAUCUUAAAUAGAGUCUGAAUAGAGAUAAAAGACAACUGUGAUGGUUGUGUGUUGGUGUAUAUAAAGAGGCUUCUAUGAUUAUGGCAAUCUCCUUUUUCUGACUAAUCUUGUUCCUAUGAACACAAAAUGUGAUUAAAACCGUUGAGGCCAGACAGAACACAUGAAAAGAACAUUUAAAAUCCGCAUAAAUUUAAACUGUUGGUCACAGCAAAUGGGAGAAUUUACCAUUUAACUAUUUUUCAUCUAGUCUGGGAGUCUAAGGAUUUGGCUGAUAGCUACCACCUAAGAGCCAAAUAGACCUGCUUCUUUUUCUGUGAAAUAAGGGGGUAAAAUUAAAAACCAGUGUGUAAGGGGAAAGUGGGCCACUGAAGAAUCAAUUAGACAUUAAUUAGUACCCACUCUGCUAGGAACUGAGAAUACUAAAAACUGGUGGGUUUCCUUCAUCCUAGAGCGCAGGCCCUCCUAAACUCUUGAAUUACUCAAGUCUCUGUGACGUUACAGCCCUGGGGCCGGAAUAAGAACCAAUGAAAGUAGAGGUCUGGUAGAGACCAUGAGUUAGGGAAAUGGAGGGCAAAAGAGGAGCCGGUGACUUGUUGGAAUCAACACCACAGGAACCAUUAUCGAACUCUGGAACACAGCAUGACAGCCUUCCAGUAUUGACUGUGAUGUUGCCAGGACACAUCAGCCAGUGGCAGUGGGUCACCCAAAGGCUGGCACGUCUGGGGUGCCAGGACACAUCAGCCAGUGGCAGUGGGUCACCCAAAUUUGGGCUGGCACGUCUGGGGUCCUUCAUGCCAGCCAAGCUGAAGGCCAGACCCGCCGGGUGCCAGGCUUCCUUGCUCUUGCUGUGCGUGCUCUUCACCAGUCCUAGGAGAGUUGCCCAAAACUCCUGAAGUCCCCUUCUCCAAAUGUGGGACCCGGGUGUAUGCAGGGGUGCGCUUUGCCUGGUACAGACCAUUCAGCUGGAGGUCCAUCUGGCUGGGUGCUGCUCCAGGCUCCGUGAUUCCCAGAAUACUGUAAGAAUCUCCACCCACUUCUCCCGAGAAGCUAGCGGGUCCCGUUAGGAAGUGGCAAUUAAGCCUGCACCCCCAUCCCCACCCCCCAGCUCCGACCGAAAGCAAAAGCGGCAACAUGGGUCCAUGGCCGCUCAGACCAGGCGGCUAAGGAGCUCCGCGCUGCGCUCUGCAGGGAACGGGCCCGCCCCCCUGUGUGCGCAGGCGCGCGCCGCACCGGGCUCCCACGGUCACUUGGCGCGGGCUGCGCUCGCUAGCCUUGCAGGUAAGCACGGGUCGGUGGGCUCGGGCUGGGUGUUCCCGGAACAUCACACCCGGGUCCCGGCCGGCCGGCGCGGCGAGUGCUGGUAUCCUGUGGGCCCCGCCCCAGGUCCUUUCCCGGCUCCUGCCGCACCGACCGCGGGCUGGGGUGGUGACUCCGCAGACCCAGGGAUGGGCGCUGCCUGUGGGGGCUGCGGGAUGCCGGGCGAGCGAGCCCACGGGCACUGCUAUCUGCAUCCAGAGCGGCGGGGAGGACAGAGGUUCGGCCUUGCAAAGAGAUGUAAUCAAUUAAGAGUUUCCAUUAAUGAGAGGGUGUGGAGGGCGAGUUUGGGGUUUCCAUAGGCCAUUUGGCAAACUUUCCGCUGUCAUUAAUUUUCAAUAUUUUUAACAGAAAAUGAGAUUUUAAACAAAAUUGGCUAUAAAGCGAGAAAGAAAAAGCUAAAGAAUUCCGCCAUUUUGGCGUUUUAAAAAAGUAACCCUUCUGCAGAGCGGAUGGAUCAGUGACCGCCCCGCCCGCGACUGUCUGCAUUAGUUAGUCUAGGGAGGCUGGUGGCGGCUUUGGACACUCCACCCGCUAGCGUCACAUUGCAGCUUUGGCGGGAGCGAGCUAGGGGACACCCCCCCCAAGUUUUCUGUGUGCCUCUAGCACUAUCUCCCCUCUCUCCAAUACUUACCACCAGGGCAUUUAUUGGGUGUCUACUGUAUACAAGGCCUCAAAGGGCUCUGGGUGGAGUGUGUGUGGAAAGCUUGACAGACAGCAAGAGACAGCAGCGUGGACACGUUCAAAAAUUGUUUGUUGCUGGGCGGUGGUGGUGCACGCCUUUAAUCCCAGCACUCGGGAGGCAGAGCCAGGCAGAUCUCUGUGAUUUCGAGGCCAGCCUGGUCUACAAAGCGAGAUCCAGGAAAGGCACAAAGCUACACAGAGAAACCCUGUCUCAAAAAACCAAAACAAAAAAAAAAAAUGUUUAUUGAACAUCUGAUAUGUGCAACUACUCUCAUUUUAAGUAGGAUUCCCUGGAAACACAGAUUUCAGUGUAGGUUUAUGGGAGUAGCCUUGUGAAGCCAGCAAGAUGGAACAGAGAUGGUAAAAUGCUGGUAGAAUCUCAACAGAGGCCUCAGCCUGUGGAGCAGCACGCCCUAACCCUGAGACGACCCUGCAGAGAUGCCUUGAAUGAAGCCAGCAUUCACCAGAGCCCCUUCAGACUCUUCUGGAUGGAGGGGCACACGGAAAUGGAGAUACUAAGGACACUGAAGGGAUCUUCCACAGGGGAGGUCAGUGUGCACCUGGUGGCCAGAGACAGCGCAGGUUCCCGUCCUCCCCUGCCUGCAACUGCCUUUGUUAUUCCUACCAAUGCAGCUACCCUUGGUCUGCCCAGCACAGCCCUGGAUGUGUCCUAUCCCAGGGAGCCAGUCCAUGUGGGCACCCUGGAGCGGGUGACCAGCACCAGCGAACCAGUUACUGCCACCAUUCUGCCACAGCUAAGCACCGGGCCGGGGACCAAUAGCACAGUCAGGCUUCUGGAUUGGACAGGGGUUUCCACACCUUCAGCCGGGAGUGGCCUACGGUUCCGGAUAAGCGAGUACGCGCCACUGAAUAUGAUGGGAAUAGAACGACCACCAUGCCCGGAACGACAGCAAGAAGGGCUGGUCCGACAUGAAGGUGGCCCUACUGGAGGCGAUACGGACACCCAGCACCCUGAUGUCCACCGGAACCCUCAAGAAGUCACCUCUCAGGAACCCCCAAAGGACGCGAGCUCCUGCGAGUGCCAGACUUGUGGGCCUCAACAAGGCACUGCCCCAGACCUGGGUUCUUCAGGCGACCACUGCCCUCCGCCUUUUCAGAAGCGGUCAGUCAUAGUAGAGAACUCAGGCUGUACCAUCGCUUCUGAGCUCCUAAAACCCAUGAAGAAGAGGAAACAUAGGGAGUACCAGAGCCCAUCAGAGGAGUCGGAGCCAGAGGCCAUGAAGCAAGGAGAAGGAAAAGAUCCAGAGGGACAGCCUACUGCCAACACCCCAGAGAGUGAAGAUUGGAGCAGGAGCCAGCUGGGUAUGGUGGCCUGUGUGUAUUUAUUUAUGUCAAGUGUUUAUAUACUUUUAGGGGUGUGGGACUGAAGUGUGGGUCAUGGUUGUGGUUGUAUAUGGUACAUGUGAGCACAGGCUAGUGGAUGUGAAAGAGACCGAGUGAGACCGCUUGUGGUUUGUGCAUGACUAUAUGUUUAUUCUUGGGGUUGUUUAUCUUGCAUUAUUCAGCUGUGAGGAGGCCCUACUGGGAAGUCUGGGCUUGGUUUCUGAAGACUUGAGGAGCGUGUAGUAUUACUUCCCCUUGGUGGUAUUGGUAAGCCCACACUGUUCGUUAGCCUGGCCUUCCUUUUGGGGCCCCUUUCCUGAUCUUCUGGUUCUAAGAAAGAGGUCCUUCAUAGCUAGCUUUAGCCCUCAGGCCUGCUGUUAGUAUUUCUAUAGUCCCAGGUGACAGCUGUCAGGUGGAUCUAAGCAGAGCUUAUCAUACUGGUAAUC